CUUUAACCAUGGCAUGGUUGUUGGUGCCAGAUGGGUUGAUUUGAGUAGUUUAGUCUCUAGAAUUUACACAGAAUGGUGUGAAAAACAGAAAACAUCAUGUGAAUAAAUGACUGCAGGCUGAAACACCUUGUUGAUAAGAGAGAUCAGGGGAGGAUGACCAGAUUGGUCUUAGCUGACAGGAAAUCUAUGGUAACUCAAUUAAUCACUCUUUACAUCCGUGGUGAGCAGAGAAGCAUCUCAGAAUACCUUGAGGUGGCUGGACUACAACAGCAGAAGACCACAUCAAGUCAGCCAGGAUCAAGAAUCUGAGGCGGUCAUGGCAUAGACUCACAGAUACUAGACAGUUGAAGACUGGAAAAAGACUUGCAUAGAUCACAUUUUGCCCCCAUUCUGUUGUUUGAUGUGAACAUUAACUGAAACUCUUGACCUGUACCUGUAUGAUUUUUUUUUUUUUUUUGCUUUGCACUGCUGCCACAUGAUUAGCUCAUUAGAUAACUUCAGAAAUGUACAGGUGUUCCUAAUAAAGUGGACAGCGAGUGUUAGAAUUCACCAAGAUGGUGCUGUGAUGGGGUGAGAAGUUUACGGGUGGGUUACUGCAAUUUUUGACAUUUUUAAUCUAACUUCUUGAAUAUUUAUACGACUCGCAGUGUUAUUCUUUGCUUCAUUCUUAAUCUUGCAUUACAUGACAUUAUGUAUAUAGUACAUGCAAUAUGUAGGAGGUAAAUAAGGAAAAAUCAAAUAAGUCUCUUCUACUGCGUGGCCUAGCGAAUCAGAAGUGUUGCUUGUUACCAUCCUAUAAUGCAAGUCAUAGUUUCAAAUAGAACCUGAGAGUCAGCUUGUGUCUGAGUCCACGAGACAGCUGCUGCUAAAAAUAAAUCCCUCUCAACUACCACCUCCUCACUCUCACAGCCCAACACACAACUCGACACAUCCCAUUCUCAUACACAUGCUACGACGAAAGGGGGGAAAAACACUUUCAAUAAUCUUUCCACAAGGCUGACACGUUUCAGAAGAACAAAAGAGUUGCCAAAAACAGCAUGAAAACUUUGAAAUUCUUGGCAGCAGAGGGUUUUGUUCGAAGUGGCCCAUGUGCCAUUAGGAAUCUCAGUUGCUUAUCUUACAAUCUCUACCCAAUCCUGUUUAAGGCAAGCUACCUGCUAGAAGAGGCAGAUGUGCUCCAUAACUUGGUCAAGACAUGGCCUCUUACUGAGCUCAGUCUGCGGAGAUUACUGGGGAAAACUCCAGACUGCCAGAUAGAUCUCACCUCACGCACCUGCAGCCUCUGUCUCAAAGCCAUGAUGAUGGGAUUGAAGGACUACAUUCUUUAUGAACCAAGCACGUAUGCUAAGGUCCUGCGGGUGGUAGAUAUGACUGGGCUGCAGGAUAUUGAGCACCAGGCCUGCCCAUGCAGAAGCUCGCUGGGACGCUGGGCUCGGACUGAAUUGCUCACACGCAUGUGCUACGAGACCAUGGUGGCCAUGCAGGCAGAUCAGGCAGCAGCAUCAGCCUUUGAGGUGGACGUCCGACUCAACGCCUUUGUAACAGGUCGAAACUAUGAAAUGGUGGUCCAGGCUCUACUGUUGCUCAGGCACUGCCCGUUGAAGCUGCGUUGUGUGGGAUUGCGUAUGGACUCACUUCCUCUGAAGGAUCUCUUCUAUUUGCUGCGCCUGGUCAACACAGAAGGCCUGCAGAAGUUGGAGGUGGUGCAUAAUGUACAUCUGGAGGCUCCACAUCUGGAGGUGAUGCUGUCACAGCUUCAUUUUCCCCAGCUGCGUUCGCUCACGUUACCGGCACAGGCACUGGAUGUGCGCAGACUGACUCGGGGUGAUGAGGACCUACUCACAGUGCUGGGAGAGCUGAUGAGCAAGAUGACAGAGCUGAGAGAGCUUUACCUGGGCUUCUCGACCCUUACAGGCCAACUGCGACGACUGCUCAGUCCUCUGACCACCCCACUGCAGUGUAUAGAGCUGGCUAACUGUUGCCUCAGCCCUGUGGACAUGGCUUACCUGGCUAACAGCCUGCACAGCGAGUUCCUAGUGAAACUGGACCUGAGUGGCCAUGUGGUGGCUGACCUCUUCCCCAACACGUUCCGUAAACUUCUGCAUCGCUGCUCAGCUACACUCAGCAGUCUGAAUUUGGAGGAGUGUGGCCUGUCAGAUGAGAACCUGGACCUCUUCAUUCAUGCACUGGGACCUUGUAAUGCCAUGCAAGAGCUUAAGAUUCUGGGAAACCCACUGAGCACAGCAGCCCUGCGCCAACUCUUUAACAUGCUGGCACAAGGCUAUCCAGCUCUGAGGUAUAUAGAGCUGCCAGUGCCUCGUGACUGCUAUUCUGAAGAUGUAACCUACCCACUGGAUGAUUCCACAUUACUGAGUUAUGAUCAAGAGAAGUUCCACCAAGCCAGAAGUGAACUUGUGGGCAUUCUGGAACAAGUUGGGAAAGGACAUAUUGAAAUAUGCACACCGCUGCUUGGAGUCUAUGAUCCUGACAUCCAUGAGACAAGCAAUGAACUAGGAGUUUCUAUGCUGCGCUCCUUUAAUACAGUAAUAGGGAAUUUUAUACACACUGUGACAAGUGUGAAUGAAAGGAGAGAACACAGCCUAAAUGAGUAAGAUCACAGAAACAGGAGAUUUACUCAAAAUAUAACUAAAAUUAAAUUUGCAUUUUGAGGCGCAAGGGCUCCAAAAUAUGGGAAGAGACAGCAGAGUACACGGUGAAGAAAAUGGCCGGAAUUGUGCAAUAGAAGUAAAUUUAGAUCAUUAGUAGUGUAUACAUCACAAAAGAAUUCCUGAUGUUGUUUCACAUGUUUUUUCAUAGAAACAGUUACCUACAUAGA